CCAGAGGCCUGUUGCUUAGCAACUAGUUUGCUUUGUCUGGCUGAGCAGACACACAGCUUUCACCUGUAAGGUAGAAAGAGACCUUGUCGGCGCUGCUUUGGGAUUGCUCUUUCCAUUCCCUCUUCACGUGCCAACAACACAGGCUUCUCUCAAGUUUGUCUCGGGGGGAGGUGGCUGGCAGUGAGACAUCUCAGAUAAGAAGGACCCCCGUCUUCCUUCUGGAAGUCUCGGCUUGGAGGGCUCAGAUGUGGGAAAGUCACUGUUAAAUCGUAAACUUACUUAGCAGUCAUUUCACUGAGGAGCCGUUGACCAGGGGUCCGAGGGUGACCCGAGACCUCUGCCAAGAGUUCCGUAAACUUAAGUCGUUCAGGGACAGGUGACCAUCCGUCCCUCCGUGGCCUCACCAUGCACUCCAGGGCUUACAUCUUACUGCAAAAAGAAUUCGAGGAGCUCCAACAGAACAGAAAUGAGGGUGUUACCGCUUUUCCUGUAAGCGAAGAUCUGCUGAAAUGGGAAGCUGAGAUCCAAGGACUUCAGAAUUCAAUCUGUGAUGGACUUGUUUUCCAGCUGACAAUAGAUUUUACACCAGAAUACAACCUUGUUCCUCCAGUUGUGAAAUUUGUAACAAUUCCUUUUCAUCCAAAUGUAAACCCAUAUACCGGUCAGCCCAGUAUAGACAUUUUGGACAGCCAGGAUGACUGGAACACAAAUUACACACUACGAAACAUCUUACUUGCUGUACAGAUUCUGCUUUCUCACCCUAGACUGGAAAAUCCAGUGAAUAUGGAAGCAGCCCAACUGUUGAUUAACAAUGAGUCUAUGUACAGAACAAUAAUUCACAAACUUUUCCAGCCAGAACCACGAGAAGGAGAGGGCAGCCUAGGGUUAUAUGUAAAGCCACAGAAGAGUUUCAGGGUAGUUAAAACAAUCUCAUUUAAUGAUUACUACAAGACAUGGUCUGAGAUAGCCACAACAAAAACUACAGAACUCUCCAAAACUCCGUUUUUUGGAGAUCCGGAUUUCAUGGAACGGUAUUACAAAUGGAAGGGACAGCAUCUGCCGCAUCAUAAGAAGUGGAAGUUGAAAUUUGAGUUCAUUAAGUGGCGGUUUGCUAGAGAAAAUAAAUCACCAGAGCCCAGUAGCUAUGACUUCGUGCAGAGGAUGGUUGUCGCCCCAUCUCCAACUGAGCAGUCUUAUGAUUCUGUAGAAAAUGAAUCCGACUAUUAUGAUCUACAAGAGUGGCAAAACGAAAACUGGAUAGAAGAAAAUGAGUCAGAUGAAUCAUGGGAAGACGAAGUGGACAAGCUGGUUGCCUGGACUAGUGCCCUUGAUGCAGGUGCUCUGGACUAUGAGAACUGACAUGCAAGGAUUUUCUAACCACCCAGGUAUCGGGCAGCCUCGUUGGAACAACCGCGGAAGAUGCUGAGAACCUGGCUGUUGCUCCCUACCCCUGUCGGCCUCAUCUUUCUGCAAGCACAAAAUACAAGUAUAAACCAGUGA